CGAACGGUCUAAACAGCCACUUAGUCCCGAAAUCGCACCAACAAACAUAAAACGAGUCCCCAGUGUGAUUUGUCCACCGAUAGCGGACCGAAAAGUGUAUUUUAGUUUGUUGUUAAGUGAUGUUGUUUUUUACCGUCGGCUAACCACCUUCGAGGCGUCAAUCGUGCGGCAAACAUGAACAAUGAGACUUUAGAGAGCACCAUCCACGUAACAGCGCCGAGCAUCCUCAACAAGCCGUCGCAAACGAUGCCGCAACGGUCCCCGUUCGCCAUCCAGGAGCUGCUGGGCCUCAGCGACUCGCACCACCGCUCCCCGACCGCCGCCGUCUCGGCCAUCACGCCCAACGUCUAUCCGCAGCGGCACCUGCAGGGGCCCACCUGCUUCCCGUCGGAGCACGGCUUCAAUCACCACCACAUGACGAUGGCCGCCUCCAGGAUGGCCUAUUUCAACGCCCACGCGGCGGUGGCGGCCGCUUUUCUGCCGCACAACAUCGCGGCGGCCGCCGGCAUGAACGCCAACGGGGCUCAUUCCCCGGCGGCGGUGCUGGGCCUGGCCGGACACCAGUCUGCUGGCGCAGGUGGGUUAGAGCAGUUAAAAUUACGAUAUCCAGACUACAUAAACGCUAUUAAUUCCAGACACAUGCACGUACAAAGUGGAGAUACUGUCGGUUGUAAAAUUGCCCUUUUCCUGAUUUGCGACCCAGCUCCAGGCAACGCCAGCCGCCGAAAUGAAAUUCCGAAUUAA